GGAUAAAGCUGAAAGUGGAAGAUUCAGUUCCCCUUCAGAAACUCAGCUUAGUGUUACGCAAACACCAGCAGCAAGCCAGGGAGCAAGUGGAAUGCGUCUUCCUGCAGCUGCCUCCAUGGAGUUUUGCUGAAUGUCCUCUCCAUUUGCUGAUGGUGGACUUGAGCUCAGUUUUUACAGAACCCGUCUCCUGCAUUCCAUUAGGCUGGGAGCAGCUUUUCCAAAAGUCUUCUACUGCUGGCUGGGCAACCCAUGGGGCAGAGGCUGCUUGCAUGUACUUUGCUGGAAACUGGAGGGAUCCUCUUUAUCCUCACAGGGAUGUGUGUGUCCGGUCCUGCCCAAAUCAGGCUGGUGAAUGGCCCUGACCCCUGCACGGGGCGGCUGGAGGUGUUCUACAACAGCACCUGGGGGACGGUGUGUGAUGACCACUGGAACCUUGCAGGAGCCCAUGUGGUCUGCCGGCAGCUGGGCUGUGGGAUGGGGCUGUCUGCCAUUGGUGGGGCUCGGUAUGGCCGAGGAAAAGAUCCCAUCUGGUUGGACAAUGUGCUGUGCACUGGGAUGGAAGCUGCUCUUUCUGAGUGCCGGGCACGGCCCUGGGGAACCCACAACUGUGGGCAUGGAGAGGAUGUCAGUGUUGUGUGCUCAGGGGCACCCACUCCAGGUGAGAUCCAGGUCAGGCUGAUAAACGGCUCAAGCUCUUGCUCUGGCAGAGUGGAAAUCUUCCACAAUGGCAGCUGGGGCACCGUGUGUGAUGAUGGCUGGAACAUGAUGGCUGCUGAAGUGGUGUGCAGAGAAGUAGGCUGUGGCUCAGCUCUGUCAGCCCCCAUUGAGGCUACUUUUGGGCAAGGGGCAGGACAAAUCUGGAUGGAUGAUGUGACCUGUGUUGGGACGGAGGCUUCCCUUUCUCUGUGCUGGGUCAGUUCCUGGGGAAGCCACAAUUGUGGCCACAGAGAGGAUGCUGGUGUUGAAUGCUCAGAACCAACGCAAGUACGUCUGGUGAACGGCUCCAGCCGCUGCUCUGGGAGAAUUGAGGUACACCACAACCAACGCUGGGGGACAGUGUGCGAUGAUGGCUGGGACUUGGCUGAUGCAGAGGUGGUGUGCAGGCAGCUGGGCUGUGGGACAGCAGUGUCAGCUCCUGGCAAAGCUCGGUUUGGGCAGGGACAUGGUCCUGUGUGGCUGGAUGAGGUGAACUGCAUGGGGACAGAAGGGGCCAUCACUGAGUGUAGCUUGAAGCGCUGGGGAGACCAUAACUGCAAACAUGAUGAAGAUGCUAGUGUUGUGUGUUCAGAUCCCACAGAGUUACGGCUGGUGAAUGGCCCAAACCGCUGUGCUGGGCGAGUCGAGGUGCUUCAUGAAGAGCAGUGGGGAACUGUUUGUGACAACGACUGGGGUAUGGAGCAUGCAAAAGUGGUGUGCCAGCAGCUGGGCUGUGGCACUCCAAUAUAUGCUCCAGGCUGGGCUCGGUUUGGUAGAGGCUAUGACCCCAUCUGGCUGGAGAAAGUGACCUGCUCAGGGAUGGAGUCUGCCCUUAGUGAGUGCAGAGUCCAGUCAUGGGGACAACACAGCUGCCACCAUGGGGAAGAUGCCAGUGUGGUGUGCACAGAUCCAAUGGCAGUCCAGCUAGUGAAUGGCCCAAGCCGCUGCGCUGGGAGAGUCGAGGUGCUGGAGCAACGCCAAUGGGGGACAGUGUGCGAUGACAACUGGGACAUGAGAGAUGCCAACGUUGUAUGCUGGCAACUAGGCUGUGGUGUGGCCGUUGCAGCUCCUGGCUCGGCUCACUUUGGACGGGGAAGUGGUCCCAUCUGGCUGUCUGAGGUCAACUGCACAGGGACAGAAGAUAGCCUCUCCAAAUGCAGGGCCAGGCCUAAAGGAGUCACCGGGUGUCACCAUGGAGAAGAUGCCAGUGUGGUGUGCUCAGACCCCACUGAGGUCCGGCUGGUGAACGGCUCAAAUCACUGCUCUGGGAGAGUUGAGGUGCUGCAUAACCAGCGAUGGGGAAGUGUGUGUGAUGAUGGCUGGGAUUUGAAUGAUGCAGAAGUGGUGUGCCGGCAACUGGGCUGUGGUACAGCCAUAUGGGCUUCAUCUGCAGCUCGAUUUGGGCAGGGCUAUGAACCCAUCUGGCUGGAUGAUGUGAACUGCACAGGAUCAGAGGCUGCCCUCUCUGAGUGUAGGGCCAGACCAUGGGGAGUGAGUAAUUGCAACCACAAAGAAGAUGCUGGCGUGGUGUGUAUAGGACCAACGCAGCUCCGGCUGGUGAAUGGCUCUAACCGCUGCUCUGGGAGGGUCGAGGUCCUUCACAACCAGCAAUGGGGAACGGUGUGUGACAAUGGCUGGGACCUGAAUGAUGCAGAGGUGGUGUGCCAGCAGCUGGGCUGUGGGGCAGCCGUGUCAGCUCUGGGCUCAGCCCACUUUGGGCAAGGAUCCGACCCUAUUUGGCUGGAGGAUGUUGAGUGCACAGGGAUGGAAGGUGCCCUCUCUGAAUGCAGGUCCAGGAAAGGGGAGCUGAGCAAAUGCAAUCACGGUGAAGAUGCUGGUGUUGUGUGCUCAGAUCCCACAGCAUUGCGACUGGUGAAUGGCUCAAACUCCUGUGCUGGGAGAGUGGAAGUGCUCCACAAGCAGCUGUGGGGAUCUGUGUGUGAUGAUGGCUGGGACACGGAGGAUGCUGCAGUUGUGUGCCGGCAGUUGGGCUGUGGGACGGUACUCUCGGCCCCUGGCAGAGCUUGGUUUGGGCAAGGGCAUAAUGCCAUCUGGCUGGAUGAUGUGAACUGCACAGGGAUGGAAAACAACCUCCUGGAGUGUGUGGCCAGGCCAUGGGGAGUACACAACUGUAAUCAUGGUGAAGAUGCUGGUGUGGUGUGUUCAGAAUCAGAGAAUAUCCCAAGUCCGACAGGACCACAAGGACCAUCAAGUUCAACUCCUACCCUCUCACCAGGCUCAGACAGCCACCACCUGGAUCCUAGCACUGGUUCUGCAGAGCUGCGCCUGGUGAAUGGCUCGAACCGCUGUUCUGGGAGAGUGGAGAUACUGUAUUAUCAUCAGUGGGGAACUGUGUGUGAUGACGACUGGAGCUUUAUUAAUGCCAAAGUGGUGUGCCGGCAGCUGGGCUGUGGGGAAGCAGUAUCAUCCCAUAGCUCGGCAUACUUCGGCCAGGGGUCAGGUCCCAUUUGGCUAGACAAUGUUCAGUGCACUGGGACGGAAACUGCCCUAUCUCAAUGUCAGGCCAGGCCACUGGGAUUCAAUAACUGUGACCACGGAGAAGACGCUGGAGUUGUGUGUGCAGAAGGCAUAGUCACCAAAACACCAUCUCAACUGCGCCUGGUGAAUGGCCCCAGCCACUGCGCGGGGCGCGUGGAGGUGCUGCACGACCACCAGUGGGGCACAGUGUGUGAUGAUGACUGGAGUCUGAGCGAGGCCACGGUGGUAUGCCGGCAACUGGGCUGUGGGAUGGCUGUCUCAGCCCCAGGCUCAGCUCACUUUGGGCAAGGCUCUGGCCGUGUUUGGCUGGAUAACGUGAACUGCACAGGAGCAGAAGCUACGCUCUCUGAGUGCCAGAGGAGGCCAUGGGGAUCCAACGACUGCACCCACAGGGAGGAUGCUGGUGUGGUAUGCUCAGAGACAAAGACUUCAGAGCACCGUAUGGUGAGGCUGAUGAAUGGAUCAAACAACUGCAUUGGGAGAGUUGAGAUUUUUCAUGACCAGAAGUGGGGGACUGUGUGUGAUGACACUUGGGACCUACAGGAUGCUACAGUUGUGUGCCGGGAGCUGGGCUGCGGGAUGGCAAUGUCAGCACCAGGCUCAGCUCAUUUUGGGCAAGGUUCAGACCCCAUCUGGCAGGACAACGUUCACUGUAUAGGAACAGAGUCCACUCUUGAGGAGUGUACACUGAGCAGCUGGGGAGAACACAACUGCGGUCACAGUGAGGAUGCUGGCGUGGUGUGCACAGGCACCAACCCCUUGCAGCUGCGGGUGCAGGAUGGUCCUGGUCCUUGUGCGGGGCGUGUGGAGGUUCUGUACAAUGCUACCUGGUAUGGCGUCUGUGACAGCAGCUGGACCAUGCUGGAAGCCAAGGUGGUCUGUAAGCAGCUGGGCUGUGGACCAGCAGAGUCUGCACCCAUUGGAGCCCAGUUCAGCCAAGGGCAUGACCUUACCUUGCUAGAGGGGCUGAGCUGCCGUGGCACAGAAUCUCUCUUCCUGGAGUGCCAGCAAAGAAAUAUAGGUCCAGGACUGUGCAGACAUGGCAUGGCAGCUGGUGUGGUGUGCGCAGAGAUGAAAGACAUUAUGCAUUCCUGCUCAGUGUUAUCAGGUCUUCUUGGCGUGGUGGCGAUGUUCUGUGGGAUCCUGUUGGUCAUGUACUUGGGAGUGAGAUGUAGAAGACAGGCUGGACGCAUCCUGGACAAGUCACGUGUAAGGAAAAUGGAGAAUGCUGGGAUGUCUUAGUUAGCCACACUUCUGAUACCAAAGGCAAGACUCUCAGGACCCCAGAAAGCAGCAGAGACACUGUUCUGUGGAAUCAGAGGAGCAGAACCGCCAUAAAAGGACAGCAAAGAAGAUAUCCUCUAGCAAUCCCAUCACAUGUGCCCAUAGCCCUGGCUCACAGUACAGAGCCUCUUGGGGUCCCAGUUCCACCCUUGACCACAUACAGCACCAUAAGUCCCUCAGUCUCCAAGAAAGGUCUCAGAAUGAUAACUCCUGGAUGGUCCUCCAGGUAGGGUCCAGCAUCCCAACACCAUCUGCCACCCUCAUUCCCAGCCCUACAAUCCUGCCCGUUCCAUCACCCCAACAGGGAUAACACCUUUUCCUCUAAUCUCCCGUGGAAAUCAUUUUCUGAACCAGAAAGAAGUGAGCAGGAUGCUCUACUGAACUGUACUUAGUUAACGUUGCAAAAUGAACAAUGCGCUUCAAAACCUCUCCAGAAUGAAGUACCUCACCCACUGUAUUUAUUCAAUCCAAUUUUUGAAUACUAGUAAAAAAUCCUGAAAUAUGGAA